AUGUCGGCAGCCAUCACUUAUGAAGGACUGCCCGGUGGCCAGUUAUUCAAGGGCAUAAAGUUUUGGGUCGCACAGCGGGUUGCCUGUCGAAAGUCCUUACUGGAAUCUAUCUCGAACAAUCGCCACACUUAUCAAUCAUGGAGAGAUCGCUGGGUCAAGAAGCUUUCCUUCUUGUCCCAGGAGGAACUGCAAAAGAGGAUCAUUAGCAACACUCCGGCUCAGCUGCCUGAACAACGUGAUGCACCAGCGCAGCCUCAACCAAGUGAAAGUCCGAUUCAACAACCAAAAUUGCAGAAUCUUGAGAGCGCGGCGCAGCUCAAAGAACUGGCGUCAUACUGGCCUCAAGGCCAGUGGUGGCACUCGGAUUACCCACUCGAAGAGCCUGUUCAGCAGCGCACUAUCGAUUCCAUGCUGCGGGUCACCAAAUACGUCUUGGAGGCCGAUGAUCGACUGGACGACCUCUGGAAAGAGGACGGCAUCUUGUCACGCCUCGCACGCACCAAAGGCGCUGGCCUGCUGACUCGUGCUGUCGCCGAUGCAGCGCGCCAGGAGAUCAAGUCUCAUUAUCGAAAUCAGUUGGAGCGUGCAGAUGGUUCUCCUGCUGAGCCUCUUGAACUUCCAGAGUCACCGGCCGACGCGCAGAUGGCGAGCCCUCUAGUAUCCCGUCUACGUGAUCAGUCUCCUCGCAACAGUCUGCCUAAGUUGUCCAAGAAUGAGGCACCGCAGUCAACGCAGAGAUCCCGAUUUACGCCGGAACAUGAUAUUUUGAUAGCUAAGAGUGUCAAACGUGCAGCGAGGCAAGGCAUACAGGCCGGCCCAAAAUGGUUUCAAGAUUUUGCUGUAGAGAACCCAGAACAUACCUGGCAAUCCUGGCGGAAUCACUGGCUGAAAGUCCUGAGGCCUCGUAUCGAGGCUGCAGAGAGCAAGGGACAGAAAUACGACUUCUACCACGAGUAUUCGAAACCACCAUUUCAAAACCAAAGUUCCUCCCCACAAGAAAACGGCCCUUCAAACUACAAACAUCGUGGUGUGCGACAAACGACAACGAGCCCCGAUAGGGUGGAGGAUGUCAUUGAAGUCAAGGACGCGCAGACCGAGCCUCCUUCCCCAGAGCUCGAUGACGAGAGAAACGAGUUUCUUGCCAACAUAGCCGCAUACUCUGAGGUCAUGGAACUCGCCAUCGACCUGCAGCCCAAGAUAUGUAGACAGUCAGUGGAUCUUUACCUGCUACACGUAGCUGUCGAGGCCUGCCGAGAUCCUGAUGGUGAAGAGGACUGGCAACAAGUCGCGGAACAGCUCGGGUUCGCACGUGGUCAGUAUCCGAAUGCCGCAAAGCUUCUGCGUAAAUGCUACGAAAACUCUUUGCGAGACUUCGUCAAUACCCUCGAAGAACCCGACAGCCAGAGCACCGCCGAAGAGGGUAUCAAAGACCCUGCUGAUGGAAAUGGCACUGGAAAUGGCGCGAUUGUUUCUGGAGCGAGUGACCCUGAGAUAUCACCAGAAAACACUAAGGAGCAGUGGCAUUGGCAGGAGAUUUCGCACCAUAACACUGACUCAACAGCAGACUUGAGUGCUGCAUCCGGGCGAGGUUCUUUGGGCGUCAAGAGGGAUAGAACUACUGAUAUGGUCAAUGACGCCUCAGUUCAUGGCAGCUCAGCACACAAACGACAACGGAGAAGUCGGGAUGACGAGAUUCCUUCCACCCCGGAUAAUAUUUCGAAGGCCUCAAAAGUAGAUGGAAAUAACUUGACGACUCGUUCCAGAUCCAACUCUGUGAUUCGUGGUCGUGCCGCGAAAGACCAGGUGCGCGACUCGCAGGACACGGGUGACGAUGAGAUCACACCAUCACAACAACUUCAUCAAGAGGCAAAGGAUGAUUCACCAAUACCUCUCAAUCUGCCUGUCAAGGACUCCGCUCGCAAACGACAACAUAAAAGCCGGCCUGAGACGAAGGGGGCUGGGGAACAUGACUUCACGAUAGGUACCAUAAACCAAGGAGUGAACAGGAUUCACGAAUGGUCGGCAAGCGUGGCUGAAGCACACGAACGAAACAACGAAGUACGUCCAGCUCUGGAGACAGACCAAGACGCUGACGAAGUCGCGAGGAAGGUGGAGUACUACGAAUCCUUUGGAUACUCACGCAAGAUCGUUUGUCGAGCAUUGACAGCAACAUGCAUGGAAACCGGAAUAGCCAGUGAAGUUAUGGAGAUGCUGAAGACACACCCAAACCAGGGAUUGCCUACCAACAUGAUGGGGGUGUGGACGUCAAAAGAUGACGAAGGGCUCAGAUUCAUCUGCGGUGAGCCGUCCUCCGACCCCAAGAUCGAACGAGACCGGGCACACAAUGUGGGCAGGGAACGAAGGAGACUGGAGCAUAAACAUGGACGCAACAGGAUCGCGACCCGGGUCGACUUUCUCGCCAUCGCCCGGCACGAAGCACGACGGAAGAGGAUGGAGACCUUGCCGAUACCCUGAGCGAUGUGUUCAUUUACGGCUUGCAAAAAAUGCAAUGAUCAAUGAAUUUUAGCAUGGUUAGCGACGCAUUAUUUCAAGAGCUUGUGUCCGGUACCGCAGUUUUUUUUUCUUUUAGUUUUAGGCAUCCUAAAUAGAGAUGUCCUAUUCCUCAACCAAUCUCGCCUUCUUUGACCAGAGAGUAACCGUAAUGCCACCCUUCUCGUCCCAAGUCUGCCCUUACUUUAUAGCCGCCCUCGGCAGCA